AUGGGUAUCUCCACAUAUUCUGGUCUCUGCUCCAACAUGUGGUUCUAUUCCAGAACAUCUCUUGGAUCUGUUUCUAUUGUUAUGACAGUGUUUGUGGUAAAACAGGUCUUAGGCUCUCUGCUGGUGAAAACGACGACGAAGUGGCUUAACUAUAAAAAUGAUUGCUUGAAAACUUUACAAGAAUCUGCAGUAGAAACUGGAAUAUAUUGCAAUGGGACAUUUGAUAAGUUUGUUUGCUGGCCUCAUUCACUUCCAGGAAAUGUGUCUGUUCCUUGUCCUUCAUAUUUACCCUGGCUGGAAAACGGAAGUGCAGGAAAUGUAUACAGAGUCUGCUUGGACCAGGGAAUCUGGCAAACAGAAGAGAAUUCAACAGAUAUUUGGCACGAUAAUUCAGAGUGCUCUGAGAAGAAUCACUUCACCCCACAAGAAGAAGAACACAUGUUACUUUCCACCCUACAGUUACUGUACACCGUUGGAUACUGCUUGUCUCUCAUUUCCCUUGUAUUAGCUCUACUUACACUUCUGCUCCUCAGAAAACUUCACUGCACUAGAAACUACAUCCAUAUAAAUUUAUUUGCUUCCUUUAUACUGCGAGCCACAGCAGUUCUUAUAAAAGAUAUCAUAUACCAUGAUACUUAUUCAAAAAGACCAAAUAACGAAACUGGAUGGAUUUCCUACUUCAGUUCUGAGAUUUUAACCAUUUGCAGGACUUCCCAGUUUUUCUUGCAUUACUUUGUUGGUGCAAAUUGUUUUUGGCUUUUAGUUGAAGGAAUUUAUCUCCACACAUUAUUGGCGACUGCUGUGCUUUCUGAAAGCCUACUGCUGCAAAGAUGUAUUGUGAUAGGAUGGGUUAUUCCAGUUCUGUUUGUGGCCUCCUGGGGAAUAGCCAGAUCAAAACUGGAAGACACAGGGUGCUGGGAUACAAAUAACCAUAUGGGAAUCUGGUGGAUCAUCCGAGGGCCAAUGUUACUUUCCAUUACAGUUAAUUUCUGCAUCUUCCUAAAAAUUCUAAAGUUGUUAAUUUCCAAACUCAAAGCCCGGCAUAUGAGCUUUCAUGAUUACAAAUACAGAUUGGCAAGAUCUACUCUGGUGUUAAUACCUUUACUGGGGAUCCAUGAGUUUGUCUUUACCUUCAUCACUGAUGAACAAGUUGAAGGAUUGUCAAGACAUAUAAGAGUCUUCAUUCAAUUAACAAUGAGCUCCUUUCAAGGUUUCCUUGUAGCAAUUUUAUACUGCUUUGUUAACGGAGAGGUGAGAGCAGAACUCAAAAAGCAAUGGUCCCGCUUCCUGCUGGCUGAUCCAUUUGGCUGCAUGAAGUGCUUCCUUGGGGAAAACAUCAAAUAUCUGGGGAAAUGUUCAAAGAAGCAAAAACAUCAGCACUUUGCCAAUAACAGGUUGUGCGUGGAAGUGAGUGAGCCCUGGGCUGUGCAGCUCCAGCAGGUGCUGUUGAAGGGAAGAGCAGAUCUUAGCUCAGAGUCAGGCCCUACUGGAGAGCCCUACCCCAGGGCAAGUGUGUCCGAAAGCAGCGAAGGAGAAGUCACAACUGGGGAGACAAUGGAGGAAGUCUUUGAAGAAAGUGAUAUUUAG